AUGGCCUACGUACGACUGAGUUCGUUUGUUGUGUCUAGUCUUCUCACCUUGGCCCUAUCUCAACAAGAUGAUCCUAUCAAAGACUUUUGCCGUCGAUGGGGUCACGCGACGGCGCAGAUCGAUUCGAAACUCUACAUCGAUGGCGGCAUGAUUGCGUCGACGCCAUUUCAGUCAAACCAUACGAACCCAUGGCUUUUAUUCAGCGACUUGAACCCAUCGACCGUCGGUGCCGAGAUGCCGGCACAAUACGCAAAUCUGUCCAAGCCUGGCAACAUACCCAGCGUAUCUGGCGGCUAUACCUGGGCAGAUAACACCAACAAAUGCUUCUAUCAAUUUGGUGGAGAAUAUCCUGCAGGCGUCAGUCCUACGGAUUUCAGUAUGUGGACCUAUGAUGUACCACUCAACCAGUGGAAUAGCACCGACACAGCAGGCGACAAAACUAUACAAAGAGUAUCAUUCGGCGCUGGGACACAGGUAGAAGAACGUGGUCUCGGCUUCUACUUUGGCGGCUGGCUGAGCAAUCGAACUAUGGUAGACUGGAAAGGACCCCCUAUGGCUACAAAUGGUCUUAUUCAGUUUGACAUGUCUACUGGCGACUUGAAGAACAUAUCGGGGCCGGAUGACAUUGGAAGAGCUGAGGGACAACUGGUAUAUCUUCCUGUGUCUGACAGCGGCGUGCUAAUCUAUUUUGGCGGCAUCGAGGAUACUUAUCGUAACGGGAGCUUUGAUGCAGCGAACAUGAGUACCAUUCACAUCUACGAUAUGGCUUCGUCGAAAUGGUAUACACAGACAGCCUCAGGCACUGCACCUCCUACGCGCAGGCAAUUCUGCGCAGAUGUUACCUGGCCAGAUGAUCAGUCAUCUUAUAAUAUUUAUCUCUACGGCGGUUAUGGGUUUGGGGGAACUCCCGCAUUUGAUGAUGUCUACAUCCUCUCCCUUCCCUCUUUUACGUGGAUAAAGGCGUUUCCCCUUGGCGAUGGUGGGUCAAAUCCGGUCGUAGUUGGCCAUGGAGGUUGUAGUGCCAACGUCAUCAACCGCACUCAGAUGUUGGUCAUAGGUGGUUGGUUUCCCAUAUACGACAAAUGCGAUUCGCCAGAAAGUCAAGGGCAGCAUAACAUGGUUCUUGGAUUCAACGGCGAGGGUGCUAAGCUUUGGGACAAGUUUCAGCCAAAGAUUGACGACUACGUAGUACCUUCGCCUAUUGUGGCAGCCAUCGGUGGGGGGCCAACCGGAGGUGCCACUAAAACUACGCCCGCGACCUGGGGGCAUCCUGACUUGGCAACAUACUACACUUUGAAGCCUUCAUACGCAGCCAGAUCAGCUACUCGUCCACUCCCGUCGGCAACAGGAUCGCUGUCACCCAACCAGCCCAAAAAGACAAAUAUUGGUGCUAUUGCUGGGGCUGCUGUUGGAGGUGCUGUGGGAUUAAUUCUCUUAUUAUGCCUCAUCUUGUUUUGCCUACGCAGACACAAGAAUGCUUUGAAGGAAAAGAGAAAGAAGGAAGGCGAUAUCAAUAAUGCAAAUCCGCCAAUUCCGCCUGCUGAGUUGGAAACCACGGUUCCACAGGAGAUGGCCGCCUCGGAGGCUAGCAAGUACGUAUCCAUUCACAAUCGAGUCGACGCUGCCACCGUUGCCCAACAUCAGGAACAUGCCCAACAGUACUCACAUUCCGCCAGCCACAACUACGGCUCGCCACAGCCCACCCAAGGCCCUCCGUCGUACGGAUUUGUGCCGCCUUACACAUCACCCACGGAAGCCACUUUCAGCCACGUCUCCCCGAGUGUAGGGCGGUCCUUCUCAGACGAUGGCAUUACACAAAACUCUCCAACGACGGUGUGGGGUACGCCAGUAGACUAUCAUUCACAUGGAUCAAAUCAUGAAGGGCAUUAUUCGUAUCCUACUCCAACCACGCCACGACAACCCCCAGGGGAUCUUUUUCACCAGCAAGUUCCAAUAUACUACUCGCAAGUCAAUUCCAUGGCAACGCGCUCACGGCAUUCCCGGAGCAACCUCACCGAAGACGGGGAGGCCUCUGACAGUUCACUAGCAGGUGGUUCGGAGCAGCUCCCCGUCAGCAUUGCGAACACGCCUGCUCACUUUUACACACAUGCAGGAUCAUAUAUUUCGGGAGGCAGGAGUAGCGGUGGGCGGAGUCCGGAUGGAAGAAGACCUGUUCAAGGGAGGUUUAUGGAAGAAGAUCACGUAUGA